GUCAUUCUCCGUUUAUUUCUUCGUCGAGCGACAAUCACUAGCUGUCGGACUGUGCGGUGCUAAAGUUCAAGUUUAGAGAGUACGUCGUACGGUGUUUGAGACAGGAAUUAACCAUGCAAAACACAGGAAAGCUUGCUGGCGUCACGCUAUUUAUUACCGGUGCGUCCAGAGGCAUUGGCAAGGCGAUCGCAUUGAAAGCAGCUCGUGAUGGUGCCAACAUUGUGCUAGCGGCCAAAACGGCAGAGCCACAUCCGAAGCUGCCCGGAACUAUCUACACGGCUGCGGCGGAAAUUGAAGCGAUCGGUGGAAAAGCGCUUCCAUGCAUCGUUGACGUGCGCAGCGAGGAAGCUGUCCGUGCUGCGGUGCUAAAAGCGGUCCAAACGUUCGGUGGUAUCGAUAUUGUGGUUAACAAUGCGAGUGCUAUUUCCCUGACUCCAACCGAACAGACCGAUAUGAAGCGGUACGAUCUGAUGCACAACAUCAACACCAGAGGGACUUUCCUAGUAUCGAAAGAGUGUCUUCCUUAUCUGCGUAAAAGCAAGCAUGCACAUAUUCUGAACAUUUCCCCACCACUAAACAUGGAGCCACACUGGUUCAGUAAUCAUGUUGCCUAUACUAUGGCCAAGUAUGGAAUGUCCAUGUGUGUCCUCGGUAUGGCACGGGAGUAUGAAGGUGCCAACAUUUCCGUGAACGCUUUGUGGCCCCGUACGCUCAUUUACACAGCCGCAGUUGAGAUGCUUCACGGUCAGGAAGGAUAUCCAUUCUCGCGUAAGCCAGAAAUAAUGGCGGAUGCUGCUUAUGCGAUCCUUUGCCGAUCGCCAGGAACUAGCACCGGGAACUUUUUCAUCGACGAUGAGGUACUGGCAGAAGAAGGAGUUAAGGAUUUGGCACAGUAUGCUUGUGUUCCUGGAAACGCUCUUAUUCUUACCCCCGACAUCUUUGUAAACGAAAAGAAAUCAAAGUUAUAGUUUGGUGUUUUGUAAAUGCCCCUUCUUUUAAAAAAGGACACAAAGUGAAAUACAGGUGAUGGACAAUUGUUUUAAAUUUA